ACUAUUUCUACGGGAUGCCGCAGUACUUUUGCAAAUGAUUCAAACUUUGUCAUUCUUAUCUUUACGUUUUCAAAGUUGUUGGGUUGCAAAAAAGAUUCUACAACCCCCAUUACUUAAAUUACUUACCUAUCUUUCCCCAACCUACUCAACAACAAAUACAUUUCCGAAAAAGACAAGUAAAGCUUCGUCAUUCAUUUUUUUAUGUUUCAAUUUUGCAUAUAAAUAGUAGUCAACCAAUUACCCAAUCCACAUUAUUUUCCUUGAUUACCCAUUGUUUUAUUGGUUUGUGGAAAUGGGUAGUGUUGGAUUGUUGAAGAAUUCCGCCAUGGUUUGUGCUCCAUUAAUGGCCACAUCAGUGGAGGAAUUAGUUCAUGAUAUGCUUCAGGCAAAAUCACAAGGUGCAGAUUGUGUUGAGAUUAGACUUGAUGCUAUCCACAACUUCCAACCCCACAAAGAUCUUCAAAUUCUCUUCAAAAAUAAGCCGCUUCCUGUUCUCAUUCUUUACAGGCCAAUAUGGGAUGGAAAUAAGUUUGAAGAUGAUGGCCACAAGCAGUUGCAAGUCCUUCGGUUGGCUAAAGAAUUGGGGGCUGAUUAUGUUGAGUUGGACCUCAAGAUAGCUAGUGACUUCACAAAAAAAGAAAAGUCGAGGUGGAGUAGUGGUUGUAAAGUAAUUACAUCAUGUUUCGUGGACAAUGUGACCUCUAAAGAAGACCUCAGCCAAGUUGUUGCAUCCAUGCAAUCUACUGGUGCAGAUAUCCUCAAAAUUGUUACAAAUGCAAAUGACAUUACAGAACUAGAGAAAACGUUUCACUUGCUUUCACAUUGCCAGGUGCCGCUUAUUGCGUACUCUGUUGGGGAAAGAGGUCUCAUAAGUCAGUUGUUGGGCCCAAAAUUCGGUAGUGUCCUAUUAUAUGGAUCUCUUGAUGGUAAUGCAGUGCCUGGUCUGCCUUCUCUUGCCAGCCUUAGACAAGCUUACAGAGUUGAUUUUAUGGAUAAUGAUACUAAAGUUUUCGGGCUCAUUUCUAAACCAGUGGGUCAUAGUAAAGGACCUAUUUUGCAUAAUCCUACAUUUAGACAUGUGCGGUACAAUGGAAUUUAUGUUCCAAUGUUUGUGGAUGAUCUUAAGGAGUUCUUUAGAGUCUACUCAAGUCCUGACUUUGCUGGUUUCAGUGUUGGGAUUCCAUACAAGGAAGCAGUGGUGAAUUUUUGCGAUGAAGUUGAUCCACUGGCUGAGUCCAUAGGGGCUGUAAAUACUAUCAUACGCAGGCCUUACGAUGGGAAGUUAAUUGGUUAUAACACAGAUUGUGAGGCUUCUAUAACAGCCAUUGAGGAUGCUUUGAAAGUAAAUGGACGUACAAAUGGAGCAGCUUUUCUUCCUUCUUCACUCGCUAGGAAAUUGUUUGUGCUGGUGGGUGCUGGAGGUGCAGGAAGAGCUCUGGCAUUCGGAGCCAAGAGCAGGGGAGCUCGAAUUGUGAUUUUUGAUAUUGAUUUUGAUAGAGCAAAGGCUCUUGCUGCCGCAGUUUCUGGUGAAGCUCUGCCAUAUGAAAAUUUAGCUUCUUUUCAGCCGGAAAAAGGUGCAAUCCUUGCCAAUGCAACACCUAUCGGAAUGCAUCCAAAUAAAGAUAGGAUACCUGUGCCUGAGGCUAGCUUGAAGGAUUAUGUAGUGGUGUUUGAUGCUGUGUAUACACCUAGAAAGACUACUCUAUUGGAAGACGCUGAGGCUGCUGGAGCAGUCAUUGUCAGUGGAGUUGAAAUGUUUCUUAGACAGGCUAUUGGGCAGUUCAACCUUUUCACGGGAAGCAAAGCACCGGAAGAAUUCAUGCGUGAGAUCGUUAUGGCAAAAUUUUAAUCAUCAAGAAUUUCUCUCCCACUCACACAUAGUGGGUCAACUCUUAUUCCUAUUCUGUAACUUUCAUACAUUACGACUAGACCGUGCGACCAGUGCAUACUUCGAGAGCUUCGCUGCUAUACAUCUGUUAGGAAUAUACAACAUCUCGAUCAAUGAAACUUAGAGUAGAUUAUAGUAUGCAGUACCCUAGAUCAUUUAUCACAUUCAUAUUUCUCAUCAUCACUUUUUCUUAAUUUUGAGUUUAUCAUUAUGUACUUGUCUCAUAGACAAACAUAAAGGACGUCAAUGAACACAAUUGAUGUGAUAACAUUCAA